GUAUCAUAUCUGUAUUCUAUAUCUGUGUCUGUGCUUCAAAGACCUUUAUAAUGAAGAAAAAGAGUGUUUGUGCGCGACGAUUGAGCUUUCACUUUGAACUUGUGAUUUGAAAUUCAAGGUUUAAUGUUUAGAUACACAUGCAAGGUCUAUUUAUGCUAGUUUAAGAAGUGCUCACUCACGCCAGUGAUAUGCAUAACAACUGAGGUCAGUAUAUGGCGUGUGCGAAGGUUUAUGUUGUUUCAAGGUAAUGCGAAUCCACUGAUGUUUCCGCUGACGGCUCUCUGUUGUAGAGGUUUCUCUUCGUUGUGGCGGCUCUCUGUUUCAUCAGAGUUUUUCGAGUUCGGUGAUGUUUCCGCUAAUGGGGUUUCUCCAUGGCUUGUGGCGAAACAGUCCUAAUUUUGGUGAGGGCUUCACGAUCUAUACUUUUGAUCCCGGUAUUGGCGCCGUGUCGUUGGUGAUAUGGUUUUUAGUGGUUUGUUCUCUUUUUUUUCGUCUCUGCACUAUGGGUUCGUCGUUACGGUGUCUAUCUCUCUUCCUCUUUGCAGCAGGCAAUUGACGGUGGGGAUGCCGACCAGUAGAUUGGCUACCACCUAGUCGAUGGUUCUUUUGUUUCGAUUGCUGGAUCGCGUGUUUUGGCCGGAGGCAACCCUCUUGGCACUUUUGUGUCGCUCUUCCACUUUGCUUCAGGCUUGGUGUUCGGUUGGGUUUCCAUGGGUCCCUCUGUGGUGGGUUUUCUCCUGUUUCUGUGUUGGGCCUUCCGUCUCCUUCCCAACGGCAUAAACACUUCCAGUCUUGCAGUUCCUCUGAUCUGGAGUUUACCGAUCCCCUUUCGGUGCUUUCCGUUGAUGGUGGUGUUUUCCGAUGAGUACGUCUUGCUGACGUCGUUCUAUAGGCGUACGGUUUAUGCUGGAUGUGUUGUGGUGGGUCCGGGAGAAACUUCUGGUUCUUGUGGUUGGGGCUUUUUUUCAUGGGUUUGUUUGACUGGGCUUCGGUCUAAUCCCAGUUCUGGUUCUUGUGGUUGGGGCUCUUUUUUCAUGGGUGUCUUGUAAUGUGGACUGUUUUCUUUUUGCUUUGCUUGCUUGUACUUUUGCUUCUUUGUAAUAAUAUGUAAGUCUUUGCUUGUCGAAAAAAAAAAAAAAAAAGGUAA